GCAAGGUGAGUGCUGAAGAUGGCUCAGAGAACAGGCUGAUUCAAAAUGGAGCCCCUGACCUUUGAGGAUGUUGCCGUGAGCUUCACCCUGGAAGAAUGGUGCUGUUUGGAUCCUUCCCAAAAGAAGCUCUACAGAGAAGUGAUGCUAGAAACCUAUAGAAACCUGUCCUACAUAGAAGAAGAAAAUGAAAACAUUGAAAAGGACUUCAGGAAUCCCAGAAGAAAUAUGAGAAAUGAAAUGUUAGAGUUACUGCGUGAAUGUAAACAAUGUAUUAAGUGUGCAGAAUCCUUUCAACAGACUCCAGAGAACAUUGUAAACAAGGGUACUCGGCUUAGAACAGCACCAUGUAAAAGCAGUAUAUGUGAUGCUUAUGGGAAAACGUUUACUGAUGGCUUGGCUCUUCUAAUCCAUGAAAGGUUACACAAUGUAGUGAAAACUCAUGGAUGGAAACAACUUGGAAAAGUCUUCACUCCAUGUGGUACCUUUCACUUUCAUGAAACUUCUCACAUUAGUGAGAAACCCUAUGGAUGUACACAAUGUGGGAAAGCCUGCACUCCUUCCAGUAACCUUCAUAUUAAUGAAGGAAUUCACAUUGGAGAAAAACCUUAUGAAUGUAAGCACUUUGGGAAAGUCUUUAGUCAAGCCAACGGCCUUCAGAGAUGUGAAAGAACUCACACUGGAGAGAAACCCUAUGGAUUUAAGCAAUGUGGGAAAGCCUACACUGAUUCAAGUGCCCUUCGAUACCAUGAAAGAACUCACACUGGAAAGAAACCACAUGAAUGUAAGCAAUGUGGGAAAGCCUACACAUUUUACAGUGCCCUUCGUAGUCAUGAAAGAGCUCACACUGGUGAGAAACCCUAUGGAUGUAAGCAAUGUGGGAAAGCCUACACAUUUUCCAGUAAUCUUCGUGUUCAUGAUAGAACUCACACUGGAGAGAAACCCUAUAAAUGUAAGCAAUGUGGGAAAUCCUUUAAUCAACUCAAUCACCUUCAAAGACAUGAAAGAAUUCACACUGGAGAAAAACCCUAUGGAUGUAAGCAAUGUGGGAAAGCCUUCACUGAUUCAAGUGCCCUUCGAUAUCAUGAAAGAACUCACACUGGAGAGAAACCCUAUAAAUGUAAGCAAUGUGGUAAAGCCUACUUUUUUUCCAGUUCCCUUCGUGGUCAUGAAAGAACUCACACUGGAGAGAAACCCUAUGCAUGUAAGCAAUGUGGGAAACCUUACUGA